AUGCCUCCUAUUUUUCCUACUGAAUGUAUGAAACCAAUAUUUCAAUAUAUCAAAAAAAAUGAUGAAUCAUUAUAUCCUUCUUUAUUAGUAAAUCAUUAUUGGUGUAAAAAUGUAGUGGAAUUAUUGUGGGCUUGUCCAUUUGAUUCAUUAAACUUUGAUAACUUCUAUAAGAUUACACCAAUUUAUAUUUCGUUAUUUGAUAAAAAUGAAAAAAAUCUACUUAAGAUUUUAUUGGUUAAAAAUUCAUAUGAACAAAAUUCUGUUUUGAAGUUAAUUCCAAAUAAUAAACCUUUAUUUGAUUAUUCGAUGAUGCUGAAAGAAUUUUCCCUAAAGAGAUUAGAAAACAUUGUACAAUCUUGGAUUGCUGUUUAUAAGCCUGAUAAAAAAUUUGAAGAGUUAAGAAAACAAAUAAUGAAUAUUACAGAACAAAUGAUAUUGUUAUUAUUCAAAUUAUUUAUCAAUAGUACAAAUUUAAAAUUUUUAAAAAUUGAUAGUGACAAGAUUUUGAAUUAUGUUCCGGAUCUUCAACUUAAAAUUGGGCAAUUUUUAAAAAUUUCAAAGCUUGAAAUUGGACACACAACUCAGUCGAUAAACAUAAACUCUAUAAAUUUUUUAGUAAAAAUUUCAGAGUCAUGUAAACAAAUAGAUAAUCUAAUCAUCAAAGUUCCUGCAUUUAAGAAAAAUUAUCAUUUUAAAAAACUUAUUAUAUCGAUUAUAAAUGCUCAAGAAAAAUUAAAAAAAUUAGCCUUAGGAGUGAAGAUAGUUGGUUAG